AGUUGCACAGACCACAGCCCGCCCAGCCUGAGAGGUGAGCCUGCUGCACAGCGCUUUGCUUAAAAAAAAAAGGUGAGAAAUUUCUUCAGACAACUGAGAAAGGCACAGGGGGCCCAGAGUUUCAUUUCACAAAACCUUGGACAGAAGAGACUGACGUAUGGCGGCGUGGGACCUGUCAGUCACAGUGGAGGAUCUGGGGCCUGAUGCGCCUCCUGUCACUAUCAGCGUGGCCUCUGACCUGCACAUAGGCGGGGUUAUCUUCAAACUUGUGGAAAAGACACAGAUUAAACAAGACUGGUCGGACCAUGCACUGUGGUGGGAGCAGAAGCAGCGCUGGAUCCUGCGGACAUCGUGGACACUAGAGAAAUGUGGCAUCCAUGCUGAUGCCCGGCUGCUCUUCAUGCCCCAACACAAACCCUUAAAGCUGGGCCUGCCUAACGGCUUUACACUGAGGCUCCGUGCCUGCUUUUCCAACCCCGUCUUCCAAACUGUGAUGGGCAUCUGCAAAAUCCUCAGCAUUCGUCACCCCGAGGAGCUCUCCCUCCUUCGACCUCUGGAGGAGAAAAAGAAGAAAAAAGGCAAAAAUUCUGCGGAGGAGAUCUACGACCUGACUGAGGUGCACCUCUCCUCGGUGUCCCAGCCCUGCUUGUAUAACAGCAUGCCAGCUCACUUUGGUGACUCUCCCGAGAUGGAAGCCAUCUACAAAAUGCUGUCGAACACACAGCCCCCACCUGCUCCUGAGGUCAUAGCCAAGCAGUACCGUCCGGCCAGCGUGGUGGAUAAAGCCCACAUCAAUGGGAGAUGGCUCGACUCAUCACGAUGUCUGAUGCAACAGGGUGUCCAAGAAAAUGACAAACUCUGGCUUCGUUUUAAAUACCAUACCUUCUAUGAUAUGGAACCCAAGUAUGACGUGGUGCGUUUGACACAGCUGUAUGAGCAGGCACGUUGGGCCAUUCUGCUGGAGGACAUCGACUGCACUGAGGAGGAGAUGAUGCUGUUUGGAGCUCUACAGUAUCACAUCAGCAAGGUGUCGCAGACAGAGGCCCAGAUGUUGAGCACCAGUGCAGCCAUGGAUGACCUGGAAUCAGCCCUGCAGUCCCUUGAAGUCAAGAUGGAAGGAGAGAGCAGCUCUGCUUCUGAUAUUCUGGACUAUAUGACGGCACCAGAGCUAAACGAUUAUCUGAAGAUAUUCAGGCCUAAGAGGCUGACACUGAAGGGAUACAAACAGUACUGGUUCAAGUUCCAGGAUACCUCCAUCGCUUAUUUCAAGAGCAAAGAGGAGAGCUUCGGAGAGCCCAUCCAGCAGAUUAACCUCAAAGGUUGUGAAGUGGUUCCAGACGUUAACGUGGCAGCACAGAAGUUUGUUAUCAAGCUGCUGAUACCAGCCCCUGAGGGCAUGAAUGAGGUCUUACUGCGCUGCGACAAUGAGCAGCAGUAUGCUCAGUGGAUGUCAGCGUGUCGGCUGGCCUCCAAAGGAAAAAGCCUGGCAGACAGCACUUUCCAGAGUGAGAUCCAGAGCAUCCGCUCCUUCCUGGCUAUGCAGAGGACCGACUCCAGUUCCCAGGGAAAUGCACCUGCCCCUGAUGAAAUCAUCAACACCCACAGCCUGGUAUCACCACGCUACCAUAAGAAGUACAAAGUCAAACAGUUGGCCCCACGUAUCCUGGACGCAUACCAGAACGUAGCUCAGCUUUCUCUGACAGAUUCCCUCAUGCGCUUCCUGCAGAUCUGGCAGGCCCUGCCUGAUUUUGGCCUCUCAUACUUCGUAGUCAGGUUCAAGGGCAGCCGAAAAGAUGAAGUACUGGGCGUCGCCCCAAACCGUCUGAUCCGCAUUGACCUGGGAGUUGGUGAUGUGGUUAAGACAUGGCGAUACAACAAUAUGAAACAAUGGAAUGUCAACUGGGACAUACGACAGGUGGCCAUUGAGUUCGAGGGUAACAUGAACAUUGCCUUCGGCUGUGUGACUGCUGACUGCAAAAUUGUUCAUGAGUUUAUCGGAGGCUACAUUUUCAUGUCGACAAGAAGCCGUGAGAAGAGUGAAACCCUCAACGAGGAUCUCUUCCACAAGUUGACCGGCGGCCAUGAAGCCCUCUAAGACUAGCACAUGCAAACACACAAGAACUGGAUACUUUUGACAAUACAGCCCGUGGCAUGUACUGUGUCAACAUUGGACAACCACCAAGAAAAGAACUUAAGCAACCAUUCAGGCAAACACAAUGUUGAGAAGAGUAGAAGUCAGAAUAAGAGAUUUUGUUCAUUUCUGCACACCAUUCAUAUCUCUAGUCAAGUUGUCUUUAUUCCUUUCAAGCUACAGCACCUUUCAAGCUACAGUAUGGAGGAUAUACAGGUGUUUAUCAGCCCAAAGGGUGACCAUAUUUUGAUUACCGAAAACCAGGACACUUGGCCCAGCAAUGACAUAUUCAAAUGAUACUCAAAGUUUACUCAAAGAUGAAAAACAUUGAUAACUAGGACAUUUUCAUCACUUUCUAAUAAAAAAAAAAAACAAAAAAAAAAAACAGGGCGGACAGGACAUGUCCUGUGAAAACAGGAUGUUUGGUCACCCUGUAAUAUAGCAAUGACAAGAAUCUGUACAACCCCAGCCACCCCGUGACCCUUAACUGGAAUAAGCGGGUUUAUAAAAUGAAUGAACAACCAUUGGUUCAUUUUACAGAAUUACCUGCAACAAAGAAUUGUUUUUCAUAAACUUAGAAUGCGCCAAUCAUAUCUACAUGGGAGGGAGUCCCCUCACGGACGCCACCAUACUGAUGUAACAUUCAUUACAUUAGCUUAGAGACAAAUCAUGUUCAAAGAGUUCAAGACUCUGCAGGUCUUUGUGUUUGCCGUUAUUUUUUUUUUAACCUUCAGGGUGCAUUGCUUGGUAGGCUAAGUGAUCAAAAGUGUAUGUACAUGCCAAUAUAAAGUGUUCCAUAUAAGCACAGUGUGAACACACAAACAUUUAUUUAGAAAAACAUACCAAACUUUUUUUCCUCUUUCUUUGUUCUGUUCAUGCCUUUUAGUUAUUUUGUAAGGAUUUUUUUAAAACAGGAAGUUACUACUAAUUAUCUCCUGUUCCAUGCUGUGUGUGUGAGUCCAUAUCUUGGAGAAACUGUUACUGCGGUCCGUUAACUAAAACCACAGCGUGUGCCUGUUUCUGCAUCCUGUCAGUUCCUGUAGCUCAUCGUGUGACAUUCCACACAUAAAACAGGACA